AUGCCCGUCAAGCCCUGGGAGAACCCGCUGAGAAGAACGCAGCAGACUGUCGACGACGACGACAACAAGUUGCUGACGUCGGAGACCGUCGGGUCCGUCCCGUCUGCAGGUGCUGCCGCGUCUGUGUCCGUGUCGUCUCCUGCUGCGCCGUUCGGACCGCCUGCAGCCUCAGCGCUUGGGCCCACGUCUCCCUAUGGAGGCGCGUUAGGGUACGCACCGACGGGGUACGGAACGGGACUGGGCUCGAUGUAUGGGACGGGGUAUAGCAACGCGGGGUACGGCGGAGGCAUGCAGGGCAGUGGUCUGGUCGGAGGCGGCGGUUAUGGAGGGUACGGCGGCAUGUCCCGAAUGGGGUACGGCGGCUCCCUUGGCGGCAGUCACAUGGACCCGAUGAACGGAGGAGGAAGAGAUGGUGGACUAGGCUGGCUCUCGAGCUUCCACCAGAUCGUGAGCUCUGUCGGUCAGAUAUCGGAACUGCUGGGGAUGAACGCAGAGGCGCUCAACUUUUGUAUCGGGAGUUCUGUGCACUUUCUGGAACGCAUUGGCGCCAUGUGCGCGGGUGUGGCUGCCCUGCUGGCUCCACGGCCAGUGUUUCCACCUGGUCACCCGCGACAUGGCGAGCCGCCCGUGACGGAAGAGGAGGAGCAAAGUCGUCGACGUCGAGUGCGUAUCUUCCAGUUCAUUCUGAGCAUGGCGACACUCGCAGUGCUGUACAAGGGACUGCGGUGGCUGCGUGCCAGGACGUCGCUCCAGAAGCUGCUGGUCGCGCCGCCGUCCAGUAGCGUCCAUCGAGACCUCGAGCACAUUUUCGAGCAUACGGUGGGCGUCCGGCACUUGUAA